CAGAGCUGCGGCUUCAGGUAAGUAAGUCGAAAACAGUCUUCUGCAGAACCUCAUAUAAGCGUUAUACUCGGGAAGUUCCCCUACGAGAUCGGGGAGCAACGCCAGCGCCUUCAGGAGGUAGAAGCCGAGAGUAGUGGAUUACAGGAAAAACUGACACACAAGAGGAGAGGGAAGGAAGAAGGGAAAAAGAAGAGAGGAAGGAGGAGAAGAGGGGAAGGAGGAAGAGAAGAGAGGAAGGAGAAGAAGAAGAAGAGGGAAGGAGAGGAGAAGAAGAGGGAAGGAGAGGAGAAGAAGAGGGAAGGAGAGGAGAAGAAGAGGGAAGGAGAGGAGAAGAAGAAGGAAGGAGAGGAGAAGGAGGAAUAUCGGAAACGGAUAAAAGGUCGGAAGUGAAGCCAAGAUGGUGUGUCUCUGUUGCUGUUGUGACCCGCAUAAGCUGGCCUAUAUUUCAGGCAUCAUUACUGCUAUAGAGGCUGUGGUCUUCGCGGUGUUAAACGCAGUGCUAAUAUGUAUGAAUAAAUGCUAUAUAAAACCGCCAGACGUGUUAACAUCCCAGAUCGGUAGCUUCUGGUCAUGGUAUUUCUACGACACCGAGGCAGAAACAUGCAACGGCGUCAAUUUCACCAAUGUGGACCCCUACCCACUCGACCCCAAAGACCGGCACUCUCAAACAACCUCCGAGGAGAACUUCAAGUAUCAGAUCGCAUACCUGGUUCUCCACGUGGUGUGGUUUUUCUCCUGCUUCCUCAUGAUGUACGGAAACGCCAGGAAACGAUGGGGUUAUUACUUGCCGUGGCUUCUCAUAACCCUCUCUCUGCUCAUUAUGGAUGUCACGAUCUCCUCAUUUUUCAUUGAUGAUAUAAUGCUCUUGGAAAUCGAUUACCAGGUGGUCUUAGACGUGGGGCCCAUGGCGCUGGCAGUAAGCUUGUACUUUCGAGGAUUCGCCAUCUGGCUUGUCAAUCUCGUGGAGUUCGGGACUGUCAUGAACGCGUUUUGCAAGUCUUAUCAUAAGAGAUCCAAGCAGGAGAGACAGCAGAAGAAACUAGAGAAGAAGCAAAGAGCUGAGCAGUUUCACCAGGAAGCCUCCCAAGCAGGAAGAGCAGUAGCAGGUGCAGGAGCAGUGACCGACUCGGCAUUCGGGAACCUCCCCCGUGGCCAAGGAGUGACCCAGUACCACGCAUCUGCGCCGCCACACGUCGUCGGUGAUGGCCACGUCAACCCAGUCUUCGACCCGGAUCACCCGCCAGUGUAUCCCAACCAGCCUGCACCCGCGCCAAGAGAGCUGCCGAAGGUGCCGUCGGAGCUUCGCCCCUUCUCGUACCUCAACCCAGGCUUCCGGCCUACGCACCCGCACGAUGUGGACGGCAUGAAGGCAGGCGCGUUGGCGCAGGUCGAGCACGGUUACCUUUCUGACGACGGAGGUCCUCGGAGGUCACCCUCAUAUCGUCCCGAUGCGCCGCCCUCGAACAACUUCCCCAAACGCCACGAUUCGCUAAGAAGCUUGCCAGUCCAUCAGGAACCUCCCCCGCUUCGCCGCUACGCCUCUAGCCGCGAUCAUGGCCUCGGGAACAGUCCUGCAUACGACCCACGACCACCAACCAUACUGCCACGGGUGAAUCUGAAGGCAGGACCCUCCCCCAUGAGAAGUCUUGAUAGCCACGCCCCUCCUCGAGAUUAUGGCCCGCCUCCCAGUCGAAAGGAUGAUGUUUUUUACUUUUAACAUCAGAACAGUUGAACAAUGAACAGCUGAACGUAACCUGCUGGGGGAUGUUGUUUGGUGGUAAUGUUAGUUAAUGCGGUGGGAAGUAUUUUUUUUUUUUCAUUCCUUUUCUGUGUAUGUGGAGGAAUUUAUCAUGUAGACCAGUUGUUAAAUGUGCUAACCAUAGAUCAUGGUUUGUUUUUCUCUAAUAUGGAUUUCUUUCUUUCUUUUUUUCCUAAUUGUUAAACAAUGUCUCUAAUUCUCAGAGAAUGUCAAAUGGGGCGUAAAACACACACACACACACACACACACACACACACACACACACACACACACACACACACACACACACACACACACACACACACACACACACUCACACACACACACACACACACACA